UUCACAUCUGAAAACAAACAAUUCAUGACAAUUCAAGCAACUUCUUUAAUGGCUCCGUCAUCUCCGAUAGCCAUACAACGAUCACCGUGGCACUCACCGGUUCCAUACCUGUUUGGAGGUCUUGCUGCCAUGUUGGGUCUCAUUGCUUUUGCUCUGUUGAUCCUCGCUUGCUCCUACUGGAAGAUCUCCCCCAACAAUGAAGGUGAUCUUGAGUCCGGAAACCCUAAUGAAACCCAAGACUCCAAACCGGUUGAUAACAAAGUGCCACGUGUUUUCGAAGAGAAGUAUCUCGUAAUCAUGGCCGGACAAGUGAACCCAACGUUUUUGGCAACUCCCAUUUCGAGCCGAACGUCUUCGUUUGGUAGUUGUAGUUGCGGGAGCAACUCGACCGUGGCCAUGGACACAUCUUCGGUAGUUGAGGAAAAAUAGAGAACUAUGAGACUGCACAUUAACUCUCUUAGAAAUGAAUCCUGGAAGACUUGAAAUGCUGAAGAGUAAGCUCUGGUGAUUUCGGAUGCGUAGGGGAUAGCGUACGGGCUCUUGUAGAUAGACGAUCAUGGUGUAGAACGUUAUUGACAAGUGAAGGGAAAUUUUCCUUUUUUUUUUUCAGCCUAUUAUGAUUUUGGUACAUAAAACCAGGGGUGCGCAAAUCAUGGUUUGGUUCGAUUUUUAUUCUUAACCAUAAGUG